GGAGGUGGCAGUAAGCCCGAAAGUUUGAAUCGUGAAAAUCGACUCUCUUUUAGUGAUCAUAAUAUUUGUGUGUUAUUUUUAUUUAGCGUGGGAGCUGUUCGCGGAUUGCGGACUGCGGAGAGUGCGGAGUAGGCCAAGCGACCAAACUCACAGUUUCGUGACGCUCCUCGACGAAUUAUUCAGAAUUAUUACAGGUUUAGGUUAGGUUAGAUCAGGUUAGGUUAGUUUAUGUGUCGCCGUACGGAUGGAAAAUAUUCGCGCUUGAUCGCAUCUCCCGAAGAUGAUAAGGGACCGUGAAGACGAGCGAGCAGUGGGACGAGUUAAAUGUACAUACGCGCGUCACGAAGCCCCGGUCGUCGUGUUGGCUCUCCACGUGCGCGACCUGCCCUAAUAAGAGGAACACGGAGACACGGGCACGGGUAACGCUGUCAACGUGUCGUGCGAAACGCUUGGUAUGGAUUAUGCAACGGUCAUCGACGACGCGGUCAGGCAAUUUUACUCGGCGGGCAAUAACGAGGCACACUCAUGGCUCCUACAGGUGCAAGCCUCCCCCGAGGCCUGGCAAUUUGUCUGGCAACUUUUGGAUCCUUCCAAGUCAUACGAAGUGCAAUUUUUUGCGGCAACGACUUUGCACGCGAAGAUAUCCAAACAGUGGAAUGAAGUGCCUGAAGCUGAGUACCCGGUGUUAAGGGAACGUUUGCUCAAUAGUGUGAGGAGACCCAACAUCCCCUUAUGCAUCCUUAUAAAGCUUUGUCAAGCGUUAGCCGCGUUUGUGGCCAGCGUUUACAGUGCAGAAAACAGGGAACAGGACAGGAGUAUAGUCGACGAAUUGCUCGACAUGUUACCUUAUGAUUCCCCAUCUGCGUUAGAAUUACUGCUUCGAGUGCUCUCGACGCUUCCCAUUGAGUACGAGAAGAGACAAGAAGCGAAGAUUGCCAAACUGCGGGGAGCUCCUGUCAACUUAAUCAACAGCUGGUGCCAAACUGCAUGGUUCUUGCAGCGGGUCUUUUCAAUGUGUAAUCUGGAUUCUCAAGGCAACGACGAUGUAUUAUACUCCUUGGGACUGGAAUGCGCUCAAUCGUGGCUUAAGGUUGGCCAGCUAUGUUUAGAGACCACCGGCCAGAUCUAUCCCUAUUUAUUAGUGGCUGCAGCUCAUUAUGCACCUAACAAAGACGAGACUCAUGGCGAUGAUGAGAACAUGAAGAGCUGGGAUGUAGUACAAGAUUGUUUAAUUAUGAUUGUAACGCACUACGAGCUUCACAAACGGCCACAGACAUUCUGGGAGUGGGCCAGGAGUUUGGUCUUGAUGGCAAAGCAGUACAAUAGAAAAUACUUUUGCGAGAUAUUGACCGCCAUCGGAGAGGCCCACAGUCGGGCGUUUUUGAUCGCUCUGGCUGAAAAUUCCAACGAGGCGCAUACGUGGACGGCCAUGGGACUGAUCGAGCUGCUGUUGGAGUGCUCGGAACUGGAGGGACGUUAUCCUACCGAUGAAACACGCAGCUGUAUUCCGUUUGGAUUCUGGUACGCGUUACAGGACGAUCUCGCCACGCUAGAUCAACCGUUGGAAAACCGGGCUCUGGAGGCGUUGAAACCGAUUUACUUUCGACUGGCCCAGGCGUUGCUGCGAAAGUCGACGUUACCCACGUCUCCGAACGAGAGGGGAGACGCGGACGAGCGCGAGCUUUUCAGAUGCUACAGGCAGGACGUGGCGGACACGUUGGACUAUUGUUACAGUGUUCUCGGCAGUGAUCUGCUGGCACUUCUCGGACAAAGAUUGAGUUUGGAAGACUCACCGUGGACUCACAUAGAGUCGACGUUACACGCCUUCAAAGCUCUCUCCGAGAGCGUCGGUACUCAGGAGUACUGUUACAUCCCUGCGCUGAUAAACUUGAUUAUUGUUCACAUACCUUAUCAUCUGUAUCCUGAAGAGGUACUGACGUGUGCCUGUUCGACGCUGGGCGCAUACGCCGAAUGGAUAGGAGAACAUCCCGAACCGUGGCUGGAGAAAGUGUUGCAGCUCGUUAUUCAAGGAUUGACCAGAGGUUCCACGACAGCGCCGUUUGCGAGUAUGGCACUGAAGGAUUUGACGAGGGAGUGCGGGCCAUAUCUCGCCCCUUACGCGCCAUCCAUUCUUCACACCAUCAGUCAGACGCUACCGAACGUCGAGCCUGGCGGUGGGGAAGGUUUACGGCUCAUGUAUGCGGCCGGGAAGCUGCUUAAUGUGUUGUCUUCUAUGGAGGAGCAACUGGUGCACCUGGAGGCGACACUAGGACUAUGCGUGACGAAGAUAAAGGAGCUAUUGGGGCAGCCGUUAUUCACGGCGCGGCUCGGUGUGACGAAUUACCUGAAAAUGGUCACCAUGUUCUUCAGCACGAUCGAGGGUGCAAUCGGCAGGGCCGUGCUGGACGGCGUGCUGUCGGUGUUCAAUCAGAUCGUCACGCAUCCCGAGUGGAGCCAGGAUAACGCCACGUUGGAGGCGAUGCAUAUGUGCGCGCAACGAUCCCUGUCCGCGUUGCGGCAGCCGGAGAUUGAGGCACGGCCCUUGCUGCUGAUCCUGUUGACCUCUUACAAAAUCUGGCCGCAUCCAGCCGCGUUAAAUCUCCUGAAGCAGCUGGUGUUGCUGUUCGGCAGAGAUCCGGACAACAUUGUGAGUCCGGUGCUCGCGGAAAUGAGCUCGUUAACUUUGAACGGCGUGAAGGUGUGCAGAUCGGUGCAGGGCGAUCUGUCCGAGUGGUCGGACUUGAUGGAGGCCUACAUGGGCGUGCUUGCGCAGAUCUGUAAGAAGAACGCCCGGUUGUUGCUGCAAAUCCCGGAUCAAAUACCGGAUAUGUUGCAGUGCGGAAUUGCAUGUCUAACGCUCCCGGAGACGGCGACAGCCAAAGCGGCCGGGCAUUUUCUUAGUCACGCGAUUGUGCAAAGCCCGCACCUGCAGACGUUUAUUCAACCAAUCGGACAGGAACUUGUCGCGGCGAUUCUGCAUUGUGUCGGUGGAGCAGUGCCUCACAAUUUGGAGCCUCACGCCGAGGUUCUGUUAGCGUUGAACAAAACGUGUCCGGAAUGGACCGCGCAAUGGUUACGCGCCGGACUGGAGAAUCAAAAGAACCUCGCCGCCGUCUUGCAGAAGGAAGACAUCACGCGCAUUUUGCGCGAGAAGACGAACAGGGGCCGACUUUGCGACGUACUAAAGGAAUUUAGUAAUCAAUGCCAUCAAAAGACGGAUAUAUGACAAUAGAACUUUCGUGAUGCCGAUUGACAAAUCUUAAUGUAUGAAGUAAUCGAUUUAAGAUAUAUGUAACACACAGAAGUUGACAUAAUUUAUCUCUUCAUAAUAAACGCCGCAAUGUAUAUAA